CGGCUGCCCGGUCCGGCUGGCACCAUGCUGCCCGCGCGCUGCGCCCGCUUGCUCACGCCCCACUUGCUGCUCGUGUUGGUGCAGCUGUCCUCGGCUCGCAGCCACCGCACCACGGGCCCCAGGUUCCUCAUAAGUGACCGUGACCCUCAGUGCAACCUCCACUGCUCCAGGACUCAGCCCAAACCCAUCUGUGCCUCCGACGGCAGGUCCUACGAGUCCAUGUGUGAGUACCAGCGAGCCAAGUGCAGAGACCCGACCCUGGGUGUGGUACAUCGUGGUAGAUGCAAAGACGCUGGCCAGAGCAAGUGUCGCCUGGAGCGGGCACAGGCCCUAGAGCAAGCCAAGAAGCCCCAGGAGGCGGUGUUUGUCCCGGAGUGCAGCGAGGAUGGCUCUUUUACCCAGGUGCAGUGCCACACGUACACAGGGUACUGCUGGUGCGUCACCCCAGACGGGAAGCCCAUCAGCGGCUCUUCUGUGCAGAAUAAAACUCCUGUAUGUUCAGGUUCAGUCACCGACAAGCCCUUGAGCCAGGGUAACUCAGGAAGGAAAGUCUCUUUUCGAUUCUUUUUAACCCUCAAUUCAGAUGACGGGUCUAAACCAACACCCACGAUGGAGACGCAGCCAGUAUUCGAUGGAGAUGAAAUUACGGCCCCCACUCUAUGGAUUAAGCACUUGGUAAUCAAGGACUCCAAGCUGAACAACACCAAUGUAAGAAAUUCAGAGAAGGUCCAUUCGUGUGACCAGGAGAGGCAGAGUGCCCUGGAAGAGGCCAGGCAGAAUCCCCGUGAGGGCAUUGUCAUCCCUGAGUGUGCCCCCGGGGGGCUCUACAAGCCAGUGCAAUGCCACCAGUCCACUGGCUACUGCUGGUGUGUGCUGGUGGACACAGGGCGCCCACUGCCUGGGACCUCCACACGCUACGUGAUGCCCAGUUGUGAGAGCGACGCCAGGGCCAAGAGUGCAGAGGUGGACGAUCCCUUCAAGGACAGGGAGCUGCCAGGCUGUCCAGAAGGGAAGAAAAUGGAAUUUAUCACCAGCCUCCUGGAUGCCCUCACCACGGACAUGGUGCAGGCCAUUAACUCAGCAGCGCCCACUGGAGGUGGGAGGUUUUCAGAACCAGAUCCCAGCCACACCCUGGAGGAGCGAGUGGUGCACUGGUACUUCAGCCAGUUGGACAGCAACAGCAGCAAUGACAUUAACAAGCGGGAGAUGAAGCCCUUCAAGCGUUACGUGAAGAAGAAAGCCAAGCCCAAGAAGUGUGCCCGGCGUUUUACCGACUACUGUGACCUGAACAAGGACAAGGUCAUCUCACUGCCUGAGCUGAAGGGGUGCCUGGGUGUUAGCAAAGAAGGUGGUAGUGUUGGCAGCUCCCCCACAGAAAAUGAGCAGGUCCAAACCGAUUCAGACGCCUUGUCUAAGGAGUGGAAAACCAAAGGGCAGGUGGAGAGACCAGGGAGGCAGGACGGACCAUCCGAUGCCGUCUGACACCUAACCUUCGCCAAUCCCACCCCCCACCCCCCGCCCAGCCACAUCCCAUGUAACAUAAGUGGUGCCCACUGUGUUUGCACUUUCGAUAACUCUCAUUUGCGCGUUUUCUUUUUGGUUUCAUUUUUAAACACCAGUAUCUACUACCACAGUGGGAAAAGGAAAGGAAAAAAGACUGUUGAUUCUCUCUCUUAUUGUACGUUUUUGGAUCUGCUACUGACAACUUCGAGGGGCUUUUUUUGGGGGGGGUCAGGGUGUUUGUUGCUGGGACUGAGAAGAAAGAGAUUUAUAUACUGUACAUAAAUAUAUAUGUAAAUUGUAUAGUUCUUUUGUACAGGUGUUGGCAUUGCUGUUUGUUUAUUCCACCCCCUUCCCUGCUCUCGUUGUGGGGCUCUGGACACACGGCCCAGCUUCCUGGAACCCAGAACUGCAUCCCCAGCCACCCCGGGGACCGACCCCUGUGUGGGGUGGACGGGAGCCCUGUGAUCAUACUGUUGACUCCAUGGGGUCCUUUCUGGUGGGAGGAGGGCACUGCCCCUUGCUUUAGAUGUCAGAUCUUGCAAGUCACUGGGAGGCUGGCUUUCCCAAGCGAGGUCGGGCGGGGGGCGGGGGGGGGUUGGUAGGAGUAGCCCCUGGAGGGCAGGCAAGAGCCAGCACUGGCACCAGUUCCCCCCUGCCGACGUGUUCCUGCUCUGCAGACCAUCAGGCGGCCCAGACUCUGUCUCUGGGUGCACGCAUAUCCUCGUGACCCACUGAGCAAACGAUCCUCAGAUGAUUUGCAUUAGGCCGCUUGAAACAUUUUCACCCACGUAUAGCAUCUACUCUUUAAAGCAUGAGAGGGGAGGCAAAGAAGAAAAAGACACACAGUGGGGCCUUCUAUUUAGUAGAUUUUUGACGUUUAAGCAGUGGAGAGAAGAGGACAAAAGGCCCACACUGAUGAGUGCAGGGCCAGCCUCCGGCAAAUGCACGAGUGAGGCUUCCCGUGACAGACUCUCUCAGCAGCAAGAUCAGACUGGGGCCUCCCAUCCCUCUCUGUCUCCUCUGCCACCCUGUCCUCAGUGGUCACCACACUGAGGAGUGGGGAGCUCGGUGAGUUAACUUAUUGGUAACUCAGUGGUUUCUUUGUUUUUUUACCCAAUACUGAGGUUCUUCCUGUUUUUUCAAAUGCUUCUUAGGGCUCCCAUGCUCAAGGCCAAUUCCAGAGUGAAACUGAUCUUGGGCCUCCUGCCACUGCCUCCUUUGGAAGUGCGGGGAUAAUAACCCAGCUAGGGGGAAUCCAGACCUAGUGUUCUGCACACAUUUUACUGGGAUUCCAUUGUGGGCCGUCCAGCCUUCCUCUGCCCCUGUGGCUGCGCCCAUUCAGACAACGGUCAGAGAGCAACAAGUGACACCUAGCAUCUCUUCCCAUGAGCGGCCACGGUGGCGUCGGAGGAAGGCAGGUAGCCCAAGACUGAUGCCCCUAUUGGAUUGCUCUCGGAGAUCUGGCCUCUUCACAUAUCCAAGCCAGCACUCCCAUAAGCGCACCUGCCGCGGCAGAUGGUGUAUCCCAUUUUGGGUCUGGAAGGCAUUGGCACGGUAGAGCACCAGCCCACUCCAGGGCCUGCUCAGGGAGGGCCUGGUGAGGGGAGUACAGCCUUCUCGGGACAUGCUAGAGAAGGUUCUUGCUAUCACGGAGUGAGUCCUGGAAGGUGUCUCAGGGGUGACUGGAGGCACCAUUCCAACAUGGUAAGGAGGAAAGGGAACCCCCCACCCCCAUUGGUCUGGACCAGAGGACUCGGUGUGUAGAUGGACCUUCCUGGAGGCCCUUUCCCAGGCCUGAAGGAAGCAUGAAAGAGAGGGCGCCUCCUUGUGGAAGUUCAAUGCUGCCAUCUUCUCUCACACACGUGUAGGCAGUGUUGUGUGACUUGCCUUUGUUGGGGGGGGAGACUAUUUGUAGCUUGUUUUAUAAAAAAUAAAAAUGGGUAAACCUUGGUA